AUGGCGGCUGUCUUCCCAGCGAACCAGGUGAUUGUGGUCGGCGGAGGCCUUGCGGGCAUGUCCGCCGCGAACACCGUCGUGGAGCUCGGUGGCCGCACCGUGCUGCUGGACAAGUCAUCCUUCUGCGGUGGCAACAGCACGAAGGCCACCAGCGGCAUCAAUGGCGCCGGCACGAAGACGCAGAAGACCAAGUCCAUCCCGGACAACGCCGAGAUCUUCAUCGCGGACACCCUGAAGGGUGGCGCGAAGAAGCCGGAGCUCGCCAAGGUUCUGUGCGCCAACAGCGCCGCGGAUGUCGACUGGCUCGUGGACAAGUUUGACCUGGACCUUUCUCUGGUCGCCCGCCUCGGCGGCCACUCCCAGCCGCGCACGCACCGUGGCAAGGAGCGAUUCCCAGGCAUGACCAUCACCUAUGCCCUCAUCCAGAUGUUGGAGAAGGUGGCGGAGAAGACCAACCGCGCCCGCAUCAUCACCAAGGCUGAGGUCUACAAGCUCCUGCAGAACGGAAAGAGCGUGGUGGGCUGCGAGUACAAGAAGGCCGGAAAGGUCGUGAAGGAGUUCGGACCCAUGGUCCUGGCGUCCGGCGGCUUCGGCGCCGACUUCGGCUCCGACUCGCUCUUGGCCACCUACCGACCCGACCUCCUGCACUUGCCGACCACCAACGGCGAGCACUGCACCGGCGAUGCGAUCAAGAUGGGCGAGGCCAUCGGCGCCACCACCAUCGACCUCGAGUGGGUUCAGGUGCACCCCACCGGCCUCGUGAAGCCGGACGACCCCGACGCCAAGGUCAAGUUCCUGGCCGCUGAGGCUCUGCGCGGUGUGGGCGGCAUCGUCCUGGACGCCAACGGCGACCGCUUCUGCAACGAGCUGGGCCGCCGUGACUAUGUGACCGGCGAGAUGUGGAAGAACAAGCCCCCGUUCCGCCUCUGCCUGAACAAGGCGGCAGCUGAUGAGAUCAUCUGGCACGCCAAGCACUACACUGGGCGUGGCGUCAUGAAGUUCUACCCCAGUGGCGAGGACCUGGCCAAGGACAUGGGCGUGCCCCUGCAGAAGCUGGUGGAUGCGCACCAGAAGCAUUUCGAGGCUGCCAAGAAGCAGGCUCGCAGGGCUGCAAUGAACCCGAGACACCCGAGACACCCUAGACACCCCGAACCCUAA